CUAGGUCAGGGGAGGUGCAAGCAGGAGCCCGGAACAGCGCAGCAGCUCAGCCAUGGCAGAUCAAGCUUUUGUAACACUGGCCACCAAUGAUCCAUAUGUUAAAGGAGCGCUAGUACUGGGUUCAUCUCUACGAAACCACAACACGACAAGGAAGCUGGUGGUGCUCAUAACGCCUCAGGUCUCAGACUCCAUUAGAAAAGUGCUGGAUAAAGUCUUUGACGUAGUUCGGGUAGUGGAUGUCUUGGACAGUGAGGAUUCUGCUCACCUGGCUUUAAUGCAGAGACCAGAACUUGGCAUCACAUUAACAAAACUCCAUUGCUGGGCACUUACAGAAUACACAAAAUGUGUGUUCAUGGACGCAGACACAAUGGUUUUGUCAAAUAUUGAUAACCUAUUUGAGCGAGAAGAGCUAUCUGCAGCACCAGACCCAGGCUGGCCAGAUUGCUUCAACUCUGGAGUAUUUGUUUUCCAACCAUCUAUAGAAACCUACAACCAGCUGUUACAAUUGGCUACAGAAAAAGGCAGCUUUGAUGGUGGGGACCAAGGUCUGCUCAAUGCAUUCUUCAGUAACUGGGCAACAAAAGACAUUCACAAGCAUCUUCCCUUUGUUUACAACUUGAGCAGUAUUUCGAUAUACUCGUACCUCCCCGCCUUUAAAGCGUUUGGGGCUGAUGCUAAGGUGGUUCACUUCCUGGGUAAAGUAAAACCAUGGAAUUACACGUAUGACAGCAAAACUAAGAGUGUAAAAAGUGAAAUGCAGGACCAGACACUGAUUCACCCAGAAUUCCUUAACCUCUGGUGGGAUAUCUACACUACUAGAAUUCUUCCUUUACUUACGGAGCAUGGAGCGGUUAAAGAUGCAUCAACAGGCCUGAAAGUGGAGGAAGUUACAGAAGCUGUGGCACAGAUGUCCAUCGCGGCUCCCCCCCAACCAUCUAUAUCCUCGGAAGAGUGCAGGGAACGGUGGGAACAAGGCCAAGCUGACUACAUGGGAGCAGAUUCCUAUGAAAACAUUAGAAAGAAGCUAGACUCCUAUCUCCAGUAGGGUUAUUUCUCGGCACAAGGACUUGUUGAUCUAUUUGGCAUCUAGGACUGUGUUUUACCAGAAGUUUACUAAACUGCUAGGAGCGUUACUA